GGCUCAGGAGCUGUCGGAGUGGGGGGCGCCUUUGGCAGCUCGUGAUGGCGGCCCUGCAAUUCGGGGCGGCGGCGGGUCCUGGUGCGGUCGAGGAGCCAGCGUCGGGGGCUCUGCCCGGCGGGAGCCUCGGGGCGGCGGCGGCAGCAGCGGCGGCGGCGGAUUCCUUCCCGAAGGACUUCGGCUACGGCGCGGAGGACGACGACGACGAGGAGGAUGACGAAGAGGACAUGGAUGGCGGGGCCGAGCUGGGCGGCGGCAGCGGCGGCGGCGGCGGAGGAAUCAUCGGGGGUCCUGGCGGGAGCGGCGGCGUAGGAGGCGGCGGGGGCAGCAACUGCGGGCUCGGCUCGGGCGGCGGAGCGGGCGGCGACUCCUCCAAGCAGCCUCGGAUCUUGCUUAUGGGGCUGCGCCGCAGCGGGAAAUCGUCGAUCCAGAAGGUGCGCAGGGCCUCCCGCCCCCUCCUCCCUGGCGUGGGGUCGUGUCCGGAGCAUCCCGGGGGCUUCGGGACAGCGACGAGGGAGGAGAUCGAAGUUUAGGCUCGGACUAGGACCUGAGAGGAAACCAGGAUUCAAACUCCUUGAGUGAUCUUGGGGAGCCAGUCAUUGUCACUCAGCGCAACCUACUUCACAGGGUUGUUGUGGGGAUAAAAUGGGGAGAGGGGAAAUCAUAUGCGCCACCUUGAAAUCUUUAGAAGAAUGGUGGGAUAUAAUUGGGUGUAUUAUUAUUAAUAAUAAUAAUCACUCAUGAUUGGGGAGGGCAGGGGGACUAAUCGGGUGGAGGGAGCCUGCAGGGGUAUAAGCAAGAUCUCUCUUUUCUUCAUGCCCAAGUGGAACAAGGUAAGUUCUUACCCUAAUACUCCACCGUUCAACCUGUCAUUCCACAUCAAGAUGUCUACAGGCCUGACAUUUCUUUACUGGCUCCUCCUCAAGGUAGCGUCAUAGUUGGUGGUUCAGGCAAGAGACUUGGGAGAAAGAUGCAGCUUCAGGUUCUCAGUCCUGAUCCUCACUGAGAAGGGGGGAGUUGUGCCUCUUGUUAUUUUGGAGAUAAAAUGGAUGGGUGGAGGAGAGAACAAGGAUUCUUGAGUUCCUUAGUGGAAGGAAGGAUAGAAAUGUAAAACAGCAAAACAGUAAAUAAUGGUUGCAUGCUCUCUAUUGCAAACAGGUGGUGUUCCACAAAAUGUCUCCUAAUGAAACCUUAUUCUUGGAAAGUACCAACAAAAUCUAUAAAGAUGAUAUUUCAAAUAGCUCCUUUGUGAACUUCCAAAUAUGGGAUUUUCCUGGACAAAUGGAUUUUUUUGAUCCAACGUUCGAUUAUGAGAUGAUCUUCAGGGGAACUGGAGCCCUCAUCUAUGUUAUUGAUGCACAGGUCAUUAUGAAGCUUCACUUUGGGGAACAGAGUAGGUUGCUCUGUGAGUGGUGGGGAGGAUGUACUGGGGAUGUUGCAAACAAUGAUCCUGAACAUAAAUAUCAAGUGUUGAAGUAGCUGUAGUCUGUUGUUGUUAUCUUUUAAACAGGUCACAGCUCAGAGUAGAUUACAACCUUUAAAAUACUGGUAACGGCAGGAAUGACAUUGUGCAGGGGCAUUACCAUAUUAGAUAGGAAUACUACUGAGUAAUUUGGGCAGUCUUAAGUAAGGUAGAACACAGCUCAAGCAAACAAUCCAGCAUUUAGAGACCAGUUUGUGGUUGAAUUUAACAGUUUCUGUAACAGUAUUUUUAGGCUUUGGGAUGAGAUUUGGUCAAGAAUAAAACUAUUUUGAUUCUGAAUUAUCCUUGGGAUUCUCACAAGGUCUGUUUCUAUUAUAGUAAUUGUAAAUUGUAAAUAUCAACAAGCAGACAUCACUACGUUUCUUAGUAAUGUAUGGCCUGUACAUUUAAUUCUGACUGAAGAAUGCAUAUUAUAUUUUGCUUACAGGAUGACUACAUGGAAGCAUUAACCAGGUUGCACAUUACAGUCUCAAAAGCUUACAAAAUUAAUCCAGAAAUGAACUUUGAGGUUUUUAUUCAUAAAGUUGAUGGUUUGUCAGAUGAUCAUAAAAUAGAAACUCAAAGAGAUAUUCAUCAGAGAGCCAAUGAUGAUCUUGGUGAUGCUGGGCUAGAAAAACUUCACCUUAGGUAAGUGGACUUCAUUUGGACACAAUUUUCUCCCAUUUGAGACCAAAUCUGGAGAAGCUGCAUUUUUGAGGGCUUGUUUAAUGCUGGGACCAUCACCUGAAUAAUCAGUUGUUGUUGUUGUUGGCAUUCGCUUGUCUCGAGACAAUGAAGUGUGCCUACGGGGAUGAAGUCAAAUCACUGUGCAAGCUUGGGCAGUGUGUAUGGAGGUGGUGGGCUGCACAGACGACAGGACCCCGACCCCCCCCACCUUGCUGAUGUUGUCCAAAGAAAAGCAGAACAGGAUGUUUGGCACCAACUUGGGUGCAAGAGUUGCAAGGUGUCAUCUAACUCCACUUUGGAUUUAUGUAGGGUUUAUUCCUUAGACUUUUCUUCUCCCUCAAGGCAGCACAGGUUUAAGAUCAGAAUUUUCCUUCUCCUAGAUGGGCUACCUUCCCAGGUUGAUGAGCCCCAUCUGCCCUUCACUUCCCUCUACAGCACAUGCAGGGUGUAUGUGGUGUUAGGGGAGGGGUAGUACCUCUGGUGCGGUGCAUGUCAUGCUCCUUCUGGGGUAGUUUGUCCACCUUUGGUCCUCACCCUGCACUCAGCAUGCAACAGCAGCCACAUCCCAGGAACAACUUUUAACUGGUUGGCUAAACCAAGUGAGGGUAGCCUAUGGGUCUCAAAUCCUCAGUUGAGUUAGGGACUUCCCUUGCAUGCAAAUACUGGCUAUGAGUGGCUAAGACCAAUAGUGAGUCUAUUGGUCAAGAAGGGGUCAGCUGUUACUUGACUAAUAAUAUGAGUCUUAAUCUACACAUGAAUAAAGAGGUAGUUCUGAAGAGGGGGGCAUUUGCAUAAUGUUAGAAGAGGUAUUUUCUCUUCCAUACAAAAAGGAGGAAUAUGUAGUUCAGGAUGGUACUAAUCAUUUGCAGGUUUUGUGAGUAGUUGUCUUUAAAAAUCAUUAGUCUCUGUUGAUUAUUGUUGGCGUCUUCUUAAAAAGUGUACAUUCAAUUUAACCAGACAUUAUGGAAAUUACAAUUUGUGCAAAACGUAUUAGCUAGGGUGCUGAUAGGGUAGUGGGUCAAGCACAUCUAAUUCCCAUUUUACAACAGUUAACAUUGUCUGCAGAUGUUGUUCUGGGCCUAAAUAUGGUGCUCACAUUUAGGUUUAAAGCCGUUGAUGGCUUGGGCCCCAAAUAUCCACAAGAACACCCACUCUCAUGUGUAGACCUAUCCAUGCCAUGAGAUCUGCAGAUGAGGCCCUCCUACUGGUCCCUAUGGGGGAAGGCUCUUUCCAGUAGUGGCCCUGCAGCAUUCCUUCCCCCUGGGGCAUGUCUGGCCCCUUGAUUAUAUUCUGUAUUUCAAGAGAAAGGUUUAGAAAAAGGGUUGCUCCUUAUUGUGUGCAAUAAGGAGAGAUUGCAAACAUAUUUAAACUGCUUUUGCUCUUUGUUAUCUCCCCCCUCGCGGUUUCUUUGAGAUGCAAAUUAGUCUUCACCUUAAAAGGUAUCUUUGGAAGCAAUGAUCUCAUCACUGAGGGGAACAAAGAGAAAAACAAGAAUUUCCAGAGUAUGUUAAAUGUAUUUGAAGCUGUUCAGUGUGGGCCUCCUUGAUGCUUCAGUUUUGCUUUCAGUAUGCCAAAGCAGCAAAUUAAACCUGGAACUGUUCUGAUAGCUAAUAACAGUGUUCUGCUUUGUAGUUUUUAUUUGACCAGCAUCUAUGAUCAUUCUAUAUUUGAAGCCUUCAGCAAGGUGGUACAGAAGCUCAUUCCACAGUUGCCAACUUUGGAAAACCUGCUAAAUAUCUUUAUAUCAGUAAGUAGGUGUUGUACAUGUACUUUAAUUGUCAUGUUUUUGUACCCUGCCCUGGGAACGUUUAGUGAAGAUUAGGCAAUGAAUGCAAUGACUUGUUUUUAAAUGUUGCAGUAAUGUUUUGUUGGGUUGGUAAGCGUAUGAACUUGCUUAGAAGCUCUCAUUUGGAAGACAUAUUGCUAAGAAAUAAUGAGUAACUGGCAUACUUGGUUAGAACUUGGAACUACAAGCUUUGCUUCAAAAACAUGUGUAGUUCUCUGUGGGCUCCAGCAGUUGGGGAGCUCUCAAACUAUGAUCUAUGCUAGACUUCUUCAUUACAGCACCUGCAAUAGCAGCUUGUGCUCAGUCGGGGCUCUUGUGAGCAAAUAGCCUUUCUCUUCAGCUCUAGCCAGUGGCCAGCUGUCCAAUGGCAUCUUAGAGGAUGAGAUGCUCUCUGCAAAGGGAAGAUUUUGAAGGUGGGUUGGAGGCUCUAUAGGCUUAUAUCCUUCAUAGACAGAAUAAUUGUGUUUAUUUAUAACAAGACAUUUUAAUCAGCAAGAAAAAGAAUUACGUCCCCUUAAGAUUUAAGCUUCCACCUUUGCACUUUAUAUUUUUUAAAACAAGAGUCUAGUACAGGCUUCCUCAGACUUGGCCCUCCAGAUGUUUUUAGCCUACAACUCCCAUGAUCCCUAGCUAGCAGGAUCAGUGGUCAGGGUUGUUGGGAAUUGUAGUCUCAAAACAUCUGGAGGGCCGAGUUUGAGAAAGCCUAAUCAACUAUCUACUUCUGUGUAAAAGGGCAAGUUUUUAUCCAACCUACUUACAUCCCCCCACAAUGUGUAUAAUAAAACACCAGUGAAAUAAAGCCAGCGCUUGUGCAGCAUAAUAGGCUGGGGGGAGAUUUAGUAGGCUUCCUAAAGCACACAGACAUUUUCCUAAAUAGUUGACUGAUAUCUUCGGAGAUGGCAGCAAAUGUGGACAAGACAUUCCUCAAAGCAGAAUCCACUACUAGAGAGCCUUGCUUGUCGUUUUAUAAAAAGAUAGCCAGUUAUUUAUUGCCUUCUGAGCGUGUUUAGUUGUUUCGGGUGCCUUCAUUUCAGAUUGCAAAAUGGACAGGAGAUGCCCCAUCACUACCACCAGUUUGAAAAUCAAACUGGUGGUAUGGCUGUCAGUUUUGCAACUGGCACAGUGUGCUGUUUGAAACAUUGGGGGGAGGUGUCUUUGAGGUAAUGUGAGGCCACCAUCUUCAUUUCCUGCAAGAGAUAGUGGUGGCUGCUUGGGUGGCUUUGAAAGGAGAUCAGACAAAUUUCUGGAUGUCUGUGCUCUGCCUCCACCAUUGGAGGUAGUUUGCCUCUGGAAGCCAGUUGCUGAGAGUCUUAAGUGGGAAGAGUAUUGCUUCUCUUGCACUCAGGUCCUACCUUUUGGCUUCCCAUUGGGGCAUCUAGUUAACCACUGUGGAGAACAGGAUGCUGGGCCAGAUUUUGGCCUGAUCCAGCAGCUGAGCUCUUCUUCCUUGCAUUCUUAGAGUGGGGAUGAAAGGCCCCUUCCUGUCUGACCAAGAGUCACCAAAACAAGAGUCACCAGUAAGCUGAGAAAUAGUUCAGUACGUGAGACAACCAUUUUAACUUGUUUUUUCUUCUUUAAGAAUUCUGGUAUUGAAAAAGCUUUUCUCUUCGAUGUCGUCAGCAAGAUCUAUAUUGCAACGGAUAGUUCGCCUGUUGAUAUGCAGUCAUACGAGCUCUGUUGCGACAUGAUAGAUGUAGUCAUUGAUGUUUCUUGUAUAUAUGGGUAAGUACCAUGUGGUGCUUCUAUGGCAUUUCAGAGAAUCUUAAAGUAGCUUAGAGGGAAAUCCAUUGUCAAAUGUCAUGAGAAAAUGAAAACCUAGCAUUGAGGAAGCCCUGGCUUUGCGAAUAUUGGGUGUGAAACUAAAACACAUUUUCUGUAUGAUUUUGUUGCUAGUAAGGAGGGGUACUAGAAAUUGCAGUGUCUGUUUUGAGCGAGUGAUGUAAAGUAGGAAGGUGUUUGAAUGGAUUCAUGUGUAAAUAUUUUUCUGUAUUUAUGAUACUGAGACAUUUUAAUAUAUUCAUUUGUACUGAAUAAUGAGGAAAACCUUUUGUAUGCUGCCCAUUCACAUUAUGCAUCUUACAAUCAGCACCAACUCUUUUCCGUACUCUUCGGAGCAGAGUUACACAGUGGCGUGUGUCGAAAGAGCGGUAAAAGAGUCCCAAACGUUUCUUCUGUCCUAAUAUCUCUUUAUUGGCACAAAAGUAGCGUAUUUACAAACUCCAACUUCCAUCUGAUUCAAGCUGCAUCUUCUCCCUCUGCUUGCAGCGACGCAACAACCUGCUUUCGAUUUUCACUCAGUACACAGCAUUCCAAGCUGCUUUCGUCACGUCCUGGCUUACUUCCCUUGUAAGCCCAUCCCCUCAGUCUCGAGACACAGAAGGUUAACUCUUCACUACACCCAACACGUACUAUUGCUAAACCUCCUAUUCCACACCCACACCCACUCACAAAGUUUUCUAAUCUGAUCAGAAUUCCUUUCACCCUCCAUCUAAUUCCAGGGUAGGGGCCUGCACUACCUCAUUCCAAAACUUCUCUCCAGUUUGAUGAGGAGCUGUUGGUGAGCAUUUUCUUUUUGGCUAGUUUUACAACCAGCUGUGAAUCCCUCAGCUGUGAAUCUUCAGUCCUGCAUUUAGCUAGAAUCAUAGAAUCAUAGAGUUGGAAGAGACCACAAGGGCCAUCGAGUCCAACCCCCUGCCAAGCAGGAAACACCAUCAGAGCACUCCUGACAUAUGGUUGUCAAGCCUCUGCUUAAAGACCUCCAAAGAAGGAGACUCCACCACACUCCUUGGCAGCAAAUUCCACUGUCGAACAGCUCUUACUGUCAGGAAGUUCUUCCUAAUGUUUAGGUGGAAUCUUCUUUCUUGUAGUUUGGAUCCAUUGCUCCGUGUCCGCUUCUCUGGAGCAGCAGAAAACAACCUUUCUCCCUCCUCUAUGUGACAUCCUUUUAUAUAUUUGAACAUGGCUAUCAUAUCACCCCUUAACCUCCUCUUCUCCAGGCUAAACAUGCCCAGCUCCCUUAGCUAGCUUCUUCAUCAGAAUAUCCUGGUACAUUGUUAAAUGCUUUGCUGAACUCAGGAUAAACGGUGUCUACAAGAUUCUCACAAUCCUCAUUGCUGCUUAAUGCCUCAGUCCAGUAUUCAAUUACUGUUGAAAUGCUGCCUCAAAGUCCUUAGCUAACUGUGUGCCCUGAACAGUCCCUUCUUUCUCAAACAACCGUAGGCUCAAGGAGGAUGGGAGUGGCAGUGCCUACGACAAGGAGUCCAUGGCCAUCAUCAAGCUCAACAACACAACUGUGCUGUAUUUAAAAGAAGUGACCAAGUUUCUGGCCUUGGUGUGCAUCCUUAGAGAAGAAAGCUUUGAACGCAAAGGUGAGGAAGAAGAUUGGUGUGUCCCUCGAUUGAGUGCCUGGGCUCCAGCUUCUAUGGGGUCGCACAAAUCUGGUAAUUGCAAUUUGUGAAGAGUUGAUCCUCUGUGAGCUGCACUCACCAAAAUCCCCUUGGGGCAAGUUUUCAAAUCUUAUCAUUAGUCUUAUGCAGCCUUAUUUGUUUAUUUACAGUAUUUAUAGCCUAGAGUGGGGUACAAGGAAAUAAAAAUAAAGAGAAACAAUAUACAAAAUUAUAUAAGCAGAAGCAAUAAACAACUAAACAAUCUAUUAUAAGGUACACAGGCAAAAGUUUGAUGGUGUUGGUCCUCAAGUGGAUGCUGAGCAGUGUGUGCCUGGGCUUGUGGUGCUAGCCUGGAAGAAGGGAACAAGGGCUGCAAAGGUUCAAGUAAAGGGCAGCGAGCCUGGGAGGGUGCUGAGAGCCUCCUUAUGGAAGCAUUCCAGAAAAGUUCCUUCUGCAUGAUGUGUUUUCAGUGCAAUGUAAAACUCUGUUGGAGACUGUUUUUGUGUGUGUGUGUCCCUUGCAUCAAAUAGCUUGUGCUAUUUGAUGGCCUCCUUAGUGCUGCCCUCCUCAUCUCUGCCUAGUUCUCAGGGCCUCUGGAGUCACAUACUCUGCCCUAGACUCAACCUAUAUUCAAUCAUUUUUCCAGGCUGGCUGACUCCAAAAUCCAUUUUGGAUGGCCUCCCCACUUCUAAAACUGUGUUGCAGAUCAUGGGCCCAUUUCUACAUUUAACCUCUCCCAGUUAUUCUUACUAAAGAAGCUCAGGUUUGGGCUUCGAUCCAACUGAAUCUUUAUUUGCCAUGCAAUCUUUGCUGCUUGGAUCCAAACCCUGAAGCAGCACGAGUGUCUGCCUGAGCAUGUAAAGUUGCUCAUCCUCUUAGGUUGUUGAGUUGUGUUUUGUGUUGUUGUAGCUAUUUGUGUCUCGACCAGAUAGGCAGCCUGAGAUGCUGGAACAGCAGGGCCCCUUUCUAACAUGCCUGGAUACUGUCAGGCAUGUUAAAAGAAGAAUAGGCAUGUUUAGUCAACUGUGUUUUGGAAUGCAUUUGGCAGAAACUGUGAUGCAGCUGUAGAGCUUCUGUCUGCUGCUGCGCAGAACAGCUGGGUCAAGGGUUUACACCCAGAAUGAAUGGCAGAGGGUGCUGAGGGUGUUCUGGUAAGUCAGGCUCCCAGAUGAGGUUGUGCUUUGCCUUCUCUCGAUUGUCACCUGUGGUUUGUUUCUCUUGCUCCCCCAGGUUUAAUAGACUACAAUUUCCACUGCUUCCGCAAGGCCAUCCACGAGGUCUUUGAAGUGGGCAUUUCCUCCCACCGAUCCUGCAACCAUCAAGCAAACAUCCCUGGUCUAAAAGCAGUGACUCAUAACGGCACUCCUAGAAAUGUCGUCUAGCGGAGGGGACCCAAGGCGGGUGGCCAAGUGUUCCCUGCUCCGAGUCCGUGUGUUGGGGAUGGACAGCACAGAGAACUGGCUCCAUACAUUCCUGUGUGCACAUUCUGGAAGAGACGGGACUUUGCCUUGUGGAGCUGCAAUUGUGGCAGGCGUGGCACAACUGAAAUGGCCUGGAAGUGGGGCUGCUUCCUCCCCCGCUUCCACAUCUCCCUUGAUACAAAACAGGGCGUGGAUGAUUCCGGAACUGAGCUGUUUUGACACUCGGCAUUCCUUGGUUUUUUUUAAACAUGCGUAGUGUUAGUGCAUUUGCGUUUCAAAGAAAUUGGCGUUCGUAAACUCAAACAUUACAGCUUGUAGUUUAGUUUAGCGCAAUUUCAAACAUUCCAUCCUUUGAGUUUUAUCAUAUCCUAUUGCGGUUAACCCCUUAAAAAAAUUCCAUCUUCUGUGAAAUGAAUGUGAUGCCAAGUGGUGCCAUUUCCCUCUGCAGACCCACUGAGCGCAAAGCUCUCUUUUUAUUGGAGAACAGGAUAAAAGACAAGAAUUGGCAACCUUAACUUUGUCGCUCGAAACUGGUUUAGCAUAUGCUCGUCUUGCAUUCUCAAGCUUGUUGGCAGGCCACUUAACAAUUUGCUGCAGCAGUUCCUGUACUUGUCCUUGAAGAUGCUUUUUGUAGUAAAUGAUUCAAAUUCUGCCCAGUUGUGGCUAAUGUGUUUGGAUUUAAGUGCGUUUUCCAUUUUUUGAAGCUAUGCUUCAAUUGCAUAACAGGUUAGUUUUUGUAAAAUAUGGUGUGCAACUGAACUCUGGUUGCUAGAAUUCUCUGUAGCUGCUCACCAGGCAAGGAAGUGCCUUUACCUCAAGGUCAGGAAGAUACAAAGGCCUCCCUGAACUCCAUAUUCUGCACAUAUUCCAUUGGAUGGAAGCUCCCUUCCAACUCGUGUGUGGACUUUCCCUUGUGGCCUCGUGCACAUCAGACAACGCUUGUAUAUUCCCAAGCCAUGGAACCUUUUCUCUCCUCAGAUGUCAAUGUGGACGCGCCAAAGUUUUAACAGGGUGGCUGGUGUUGCCAGCAGCCGACUGUGUCCUUGCACUGUUCAGGAGGCGGGUGGCUCUUGUGGGAUUCACUUCUCAGUAGUCCGCAUUAAUAAAAUGCAUUUCAUCUUGACAGCUGUUUUCUCAGUUAAGUGCAUGUG